CGAAAACACAAGGGCUUCAAAUACUAAUGUCCUACCCAUAUUUAUAAUAUAUCUAUGAACAUUCUCUAUUGUCAAAAAUAUGGCCGUGGACGUGCUAAAAACCAUAGUAGUAGUAGAAUCGAAAUGAAGCUAUUAUCUUAUCAGAAAACAUUUUACCCGACUACAACGCUUAGUUUAAAAUGCGCGAUUUUUCAUCAAAUCAUAAAAUAUUUAAAAUAAUAAAUACUUGAAAAUAUAUGAAUUAGUUCUGAUAAAUUUUCAUAAAAUACUCAUUAUCUUCCAAAUGAUUGAUUUAGUGCUUAAAGUGUCUUGGUCUAACAGUUCUAUUUCUUAAAAUAUGUAUUUAAAUAGCAAUUUCUAAAAUAAUUACAAAAUAUGGCAAUUCCUACAUCGGAACUUUAUAAUCUUGUAUCUCGCCACUUAAAUAACAUAAAUGUUGUUGUAUCUCAAGAAAAUGAAUGGUUUAAACAAUGUGUUGAUUUUUUUAAAUUUAAUGAUCCAAAUGCAACCAUUAGUGAUUUGUCAGUAAUGGUAAGAGAACAAUUAAGUUUAGCAGACUUCAAGCAAAUAGCAUUGUCUUCUUUACCAGCUAAUAUUAACAGUAAAGAAAAUAUAGUAUUAAAUGGAAAAUUUUGUCUUCAAGUGAAUGAGAUUAUUAAUGUAGGACAAUCAUGUUAUUCACAAUAUAAUAUAAUUUUAAAGAAAGAUAUCAGUAACUCAGAAAUCAAUGAUUCUAAGAUAGCUGUAUGGGAACCAACAUUACACCGAAUAUUAAAAAUGUCAUGUACUGAUGGGCAACAAGAUAUAUUUGCCAUGGAGUAUGAACCAUUAAUUUGUCUAAAAGAGCCAUUUGUUCCAGGGUUUAAGAUUACUAUUAUUGGACCAGUUGAAUUCAGAAAAGGUGUUCUAUUACUUAAAUCUAAAAAUGUGCAUUUCAUUGGUGGUGAAGUAGAUCACAUGUUAAUUUCUAAUGCUCCAUUAAAUGUUUUGUGCAGAUCUUUACAGAAACCAGAGUUGGAAAACCCAUAUGCAUUUUCAGAUAUAGAGGUAGAAAAAACAGUUGAGCAAAACCUAGAAACUGAAAACAAUUUUUCAAGAAAUAAUAUGUCUAACCAAAAUAAAAGAAAUGAACAUGUUAUUAAUCCUAUAAGUAAUUCAAACUUAAGCGAUAAUUAUAGCCAUUAUGAAGAUUUUAUGGAUGAUGAUGAGGAAGAUGAUUUAUUAUGUUUAUCUCAAAUAACAGAAAUUGAAUCACACAUUAUUCAAACUUCCAAUAUAACAGAAGCACCAACAUUAUCUAAAGAACUUUGUAAAACUACCCAAAAAUCAUCUUCAAAUUGUAAUGAUAAUUUUUCAAUUUCAAUUAAUACAAAUACUAACAAGUCAGAUAAAACAAAUGAGAAUAUUCAACUGAAACAAAACCAAAUAACAGAUAUAUUUAGACCCAGUCAUUCUAAAUCUAAUAAUUUAACAGUUAAUUCUGUUCACAAAUUUAAUACAUCAACUGACACAAAUAAUUCAUCUAAUGCUCAAGUAACUGGCAAAAGAGAGGCAAGUGGAUCUCCAUUACAGGCUCAAACUAAACGGCCAUCAUUAGAAUAUAAAGUUGCUGACAAAGAUCUUAAUAUAUCUAAUACUGAAUUAUUUGUGAACAGUAACAAUAAAAUUUUUAAUUCAGUGAAAGUUGUUAAGCUUUCAAAAAUACAAGUAAAACAAAGUGAAUGGAUUUGUUCUGGCACAAUUAUUUGUGAUUCAAAACAAGAAGAUGUAGAAUUUUCACCAUUGGUUUUAGAAAGUUUGAUUGGUAUCUCAUCACACGAAGUUGUUCCAUUAAGAGAGAAUCCUUCAAAAUAUCCUCUUUUGAAGGAAAAAAUUGAAAAGGGAAUCAAAGGUGCAGAGAGAAAAUUAUAUUUAUACAAUGGUAAAAUGACUUUAAAAUAUUUUUCAAAUGAAAAAAAACCUAUUGUUAUAAGUUUAGAUUGUUUAUGACUUACCAAAACUUAUUCUUAAUUGAAUAUAGUACUCAUAAUAUAUCUUAAAAAUUUAUUUGCAAGUCUACCCAAUCUAAACAUAGUUUAAUAUGUUUAUUAAAAAGUUAAUUUAUAAUAAUAAAUAAUGCAUUUUUACUCUUUUUAUAAAAUUUAAUAUAGUGAAUUAACUUAACAUUUUUUUUAUGUAUUGACUCGUUAUUAACAAAUGCAUUUAUUACACGUUUUAUUUUGUAUUCUUUCAAUAAGAAUUAUAUUUUAAAAAUGUUUUAAAAGAAUGUGUAUAUUGAACAAUUACUCAAUUUAAAAUAUUAUAUUCAUCUAUAUAGUCAAGGAGUUCAAUCCCCAGGAUGCUAAUGGGAUUUUUCUUGUGAUUUUUCCAUUGGUCGUGUCUGGUCUUUGAUGAAAGCUGGCUAUAAUACCUAUCCGGUUCUAUAUUGACCUAGCCAUGAACUGUCUUUAACUCCCUAACAUGUGAAAAAGGGUCACCACCCUAUGUAACAUGUUAAGUUCAGGAAAUAGAAGGAUGUAAAACUGAUCGUUAUUUAUAUUCAUCUAUAAGUUAAAAAGUUGUAUAUAUUAACAGAAAACUUUUUUGAUUAUUUUACCUUAUAAAUUCAUCAAAAUUUUAUUUAAAAAAUAUUAUAUGAGAAAACUAUUUGUAUGAUUUAACUAUUGUUUGAUAAAAGAGUUAAAUUAACAAAAAAUAUGUUAAAUUAAGAAAUAU